GUGACGUGUUUUGUGGUGGGGGAAGGAAGUUUCUCAGCGAAGAAGGCGGCGGCGGCCUGAGGCGGGUCGUGCGAGCCAUGUCAACGGGCAGCGCGGGGCCACGCGAGUCCGGGGCUUCCGGAGGGCGUCGGAGCAAGUGGGACCAGCCUGGGCCAUCCCCAGCGGUCUACCUCCUUCCUGCCACCGCCCCUGGGCCAGGCCGCCCCAUUCCGAGUAGCGGAGAUGGCGUCUCCGGGACAUCGGGAUCUGAGGGUUCAGCAGCCCCUCUGGGAGCUCUCGACGCGGCGGCUGCCGUGGCUGCCAAAAUCAACGCCAUGUUAAUGGCCAAAGGGAAGCUGAAGCCGGCACCGAACGCGGCAGAUAAGCUUCAGGCCCCUGGCAAAGGGCCAGCCGCCAGCAAGAGUAAAGACGACCUUGUUGUUGCCGAAGUGGAGAUCAAUGACGUGCCCCUGACCUGCCGAAACCUCUUGACCAGGGGCCAGACCCAAGACGAGAUAAGUAAACUGAGCGGUGCGGCCGUCUCGACCCGAGGGAGGUACAUGACUGCAGAAGAGAAAGCAAAGAUCGGGCCUGGAGACCGGCCAUUGUACUUGCACGUUCAGGGGCAGACGCGAGAACUGGUUGACAGAGCCGUGAACCGGAUCAAAGAAAUCAUCACUAACGGUGUCGUAAAAGCUGCUACGGGAUCUAGUCCGACAUUCAACGGAGCGACGGUCACGGUCUACCACCAGCCGGCGCCCAUCGCUCAGCUGCCUCCCGCUGUGAGCCAGAAGCCUCCAUUCCAGUCAGGGGGAGUAAAAUUUGACACGGUGUGCGGGCGUGUGUUUUCCUACAGCCAUCCGAAACCAGAAGGCCUUGCAGCUGCCAAAAAGCUCUGUGAGAAUUUACUACAAACAGUCCAUGCUGAAUACUCGCGGUUUGUGAAUCAGAUAACCACGGCGGUCCCCCUGACAGGCUUCACGCAACCGGCGACUCUGGCCACCGUUCCCCCGCAACCACCGUAUUAUCCGCCCAACGGCUUCCAGGCUGGCUACCCCGUGGUCCCGCCCCCUCAGCAGCCCGUACAGCCGCCUUACGGGGUGCCAGGCAUCGUGCCGCCAGCGGUACCGUUGGCUCCGGGGGUGAUGGCCCUGCCCACCGGAGUCCCGCCGGUGCCCACCCAGUACCCCAUCACGCAAGUGCAGCCUCCCGCCAGCACAGGGCAGACGCCGCUGAGUGCGCCCUUCCUCCCCACCGCCCCCGUCAAGACGACUUUGCCGGCUGCCGCACAGCCGCCUCUGCAGCCCCCUCAGCCCCAGCCGGGACAGAAGAGGCGCUUCACCGAGGAGCUGCCGGACGAGCGAGAAUCCGGGCUGCUCGGAUACCAGCAUGGACCCAUUCAUAUGACUAAUUUAGGUACAGGCUUCUGCAGUCAGACUGAGGUGGACGGAGCAGGCGCGAAGCCGGCGGGUUCCUCAGGAAAAGAGCGAGAGAGGGACAGGCAGCUGAUGCCUCCACCAGCAUUACCAGCGUCCGGAUUGAAGGUGGAACCUGAUGAUCGAAACGGGUCCUUAGCAGGUGGCAAUGAUCAUCCAGCCAAGAAGAUGAAAACCGGCGAGAAGGGGUUUGGCCUGGUGGCUUACACGGGCGAUUCCUCGGACGAAGAGGAAGAGCACGGAGGCCAUAAAAGCACAACCGGCUACUCGCAGAUGUGGACCCUAGGAUACCAGUACCCCUCGUCGCAGCAACGGGCCAAGCAACAGAUACCGUUCUGGAUGGCCCCGUAGCCGCCCGCAGCCGGCACCCUUUCCAUCUCCUCAAGCAAUAACGCAUGUAUACGAUCAAAACAACGUUGGCCAAAUCUAGACCAUCCGUGAUAACCUUUGCACAAGCUUUUUGAGAUGCAGUUACGCCCUUUCUGGGGGGUGGGCCAUGCCCUCCCCCUGUUCAUCCGUUCUCCUCCUUUGGUUUCGGUGUUUUUUUAAACACGCUGUCUUCUGCCAGGGGCUUGGUCUGUGGAAAGGCGACUGUGAAAAUCACAGGCUGAUUAUCAGAACACGGUAGAAGAAAACAGCGUCGGCCUUAAAGCCUGGCAGGGAGGGUCUGGUCUCCUCUUCCUCCUCCCUUCUCGGUCCCUGCUGGCGUGUCCCCACCUCCCUCCCUCCCAGGCUUUGGAAGAAGAGGCAGUCCGCUCUUGACUUAAGCCCGUGGGUGUUUUCGCUUGUGUUUCUGUUCAUAACUGGAUUUUACUUUUGCGCUUGAGGCUCGGGCUCUGCCGACUAGGGUGGGUAGGGUGAACCUUUUGCCGGAAAAUCUACCCUGGGGAAUCACCUUUUUAAAAAUAAUAAUAAUAAUUGAUCCUUGGUCACUUCCUAGCCAGUGUGCCCUUUCAGUGCAAAAUCCCAUUUUUAUGGUCUCAUACGCAGCCUAUGUUGUUUCAGAUUACUUUUAGCUGGCAGGUAAGAUUUUGGUUCGCUCUUUCUCUCUUGCCCACUUCCAUUUUGCUGAGUUCCAUUAGUCUGGGACAGUAUACGGCAUUGAUGCAGAGGAUCGGGGGAGUAGGUGUUGAUCCGGAGUGGUCCUCUCAAAGAGUUUUUAUCCUGGCCCGCUUGGCUCUCCGACGGGUCGGCGCGGAGUCCCCCCUUUCUUAGCUGUGGCAUCUUAGCAGCUCCGACUGAACGGCGCUUCGUUGCUCUUUGAACGGAAGAGGUGCCUCGUCAGCCUUUGGGGCCUCAGGACGCCGGUGAAAUUGCUGUCGUAGCUGAAGAGGUGAAACCCUUGGGAUUGUUUUAUUUUGACUCAGAACUGCCGCAGGCUCUCCUCUCGGGGCCUGCUAAGCCGAACACUUUCUGCACCGGCAGAAAUGUAACGAGUGGAGAAGGCGCCAACGAACUGAUUUUUUUUUUCCUGUCUGUUCACAAGAAAAAAAAAAAUGUAAAGAUCUGUAAAGUAUUGGCAUAAGUGUUAAAUUUCUUUUCUCCCCCACCACAGAGAAGAAUCUGUUAAGUUUGCUUUCUCUAAAAGAGGAAAUAAAUUCCAAGCACCCUUGUUCUCCAGUUUUCUACAUGUUGUAAAUAAAUUGAACCAUAAUUUCACGAUCAA